AUGGUCUGUGAGCAGCUGGAGCAGGUUCAGUCCAGUCUGAAGGAGAGAAGGAAGUCCAUGACAGAGGUGAUCAGUGCAGAGGAGGAGGAGAAGACCGGUCGAGCCAAAGCUCUGAUGCAGAGAUACAGAGACACAGUCGCCGCCAACGAGAAGCUGCUGGAGCGAGCGACCGCCACGAUGGAGGACGCAGACUCUGUGGCCUUUGUUCAGAGUUCUGCAGACGUCUUGGACAAGGUGAGAGCAGCAGUCGCCUCGUGUCCCUCUGAGACUCUGGAUCCUGAGGACGAGAGUCUGAGUCAUUAUCAGUACGACUUCAGCCGUCAGUACCGGGUCCUGGUCACCCUGGACUUCCAAACGGGUCAGAACACACUGGACUCAGGUCAGAACACACUGGACUCGGGUCAGAACACACUGGACUCAGGUCAGAACACACUGGACUCAGGUCAGAACACACUGGACUCGGGUCAGAACACACUGGACUCGGGUCAGAACACACUGGACUCGGGUCAGAACACACUGGACUCAGGUCAGAACACACUGGACUCGGGUCAGAACACACUGGACUCGGGUCAGAACACACUGGACUCGGGUCAGAACACACUGGACUCAGGUCAGAACACACUGGACUCGGGUCAGAACACACUGGACUCGGGUCAGAACACACUGGACUCAGGUCAGAACACACUGGACUCGGGUCAGAACACACUGGACUCGGGUCAGAACACACUGGACUCGGGUCGGAACACACUGGACUCGGGUCAGAACACACUGGACUCGGGUCAGAACACACUGGACUUGGGUCAGAACACACUGGACUCGGGUCAGAACACACUGGACUCAGGUCAGAACACACUGGACUCAGGUCAGAACACACUGGACUCAGGUCAGAACACACUGGACUCGGGUCAGAACACACUGGACUCAGCAGAGCAGGACGUCCCAGAGGAAGCAGAGGUGGAAUCAGAGGCUGAGGAUCCAGAGGACACAGACCCUGUGGAGUCCAACGUGUCCCACACACAGACCGUGAACGACUGUCCCCUGAUCCAACCUCCUGCUGUGCCCCUCCUGCAGCGGGACGGGGACACCGAGGGGGGGAGGGAGGAGCUGGGAGGGAGAGACAGCCAGGAGGAUGUGGACAGUGUGGGAAAUGUGGAGAACAUAGACUGUGCAGAGUUUGUGGACAGAUGUCACAUGGAGACAGUUACGAGACAGAGACGGCCAGAGCUGAUGGACACACACCAGAGCCCAGCAGCUUCUGUGGCAGAGACAGACGAGGGGAUGUCCACACUGCAGGCGGUCACUCUCCUCUUCUACCUUGUGGCCUUCCUGGUCAUCCUGCAGAGGUUCUGGGUGUACGUGGGUCGCUACAUUCUGAUCUAA